GCUCCAGCAUCAGUCGCAGUGCCGACACCUCCUCUACCUUCAAAAUGAAGAGGCCUCUGCUGUGGAAAUCACCUCUCAGUUUGGCCUUUCCACUCCUAGAUCCCUCAUCUCCUGUGCCGUAACCUCUGAAGGCACCCGCCGAGCAACCAUUACCCAGGCACUGGGGCUUUAA